GGUCCGGUCCCCUCGUCCUCGGUGAACUAUUCCCCACUGUCACUACUGGGCACCACUCUCACGCAGCGGGAGGCGCGUGUCGUGAGCACACGUGUGGUUGUUUGCGUGCGCCAUGGCGAACCAGGACGUGGUGCUCCGCCCGGACAUGGACGGCAUAGCGGCGGCCGCGGCCAUGCCGGGCUCCUCCAACCGCGCGAUCUUCGCGUGCCGCGGCGCCGCGUCGACCUCCCUGCGGCGCCGCUCCGCCGUCGACGACGAGUUCCGCGCCGGGUCACCCUGCGCCACAAGCUGGGUCUUCCAGGCCAUGCGGGCGUCUUCCCCGCCUCGCUCCCCAGCCGUCGACGAGUACGCCGCGUGGACUAGGAAGCACCCGUCGGCUCUGGCUAGCUUCGAGCAGAUCGCGGCCGCCGCCAAGGGGAAGCAGGUGGUCGUGUUCCUGGACUACGACGGCACGCUCUCGCCCAUCGUCGCCGACCCCGACACAGCGUUCAUCAGCGGCGAGAUGCGGGAGGCGGUGCGCGGCGUUGCGCAGCACUUCCCGGCGGCGAUCGUCACCGGCCGGUGCGUGGAGAAGGUGUGCAACUUCGUGGGCCUCUCGGAGCUCUACUACGCGGGCAGCCACGGCAUGGACAUCAAGGGCCCAGGCUCCAACGCGGAGGAGGUGCUCCUGCAACCUGCUCGCGAGUUCCUCCCGGUCAUCGCCGAGGUCUACGAGGCUCUGGUGGAGAAGACCAAGACCACGCCGGGGGCCAGGGUGGAGAACAACAAGUUCUGCCUGUCCGUGCACUUCCGAUGCGUAGAUGAAAAGAGAUGGAGUCCAUUGGCCGAGCAAGUCAAGGAGGUGCUCCGGGACUACCCCGAUCUCAGGCUCAACGAAGGCAGAAAGGUCCUGGAGAUCCGGCCGUCCAUCAUGUGGGACAAGGGCAAGGCCGUGGAGUUCUUGCUCCAAUCUCUGGGAUUCGACGGACGCAGCGACGUCCUGCCGCUGUACCUCGGGGACGACCGCACUGACGAGGAUGCUUUCAAGAUGCUGAGAAAGAGAGGUCAUGGCCUGGGCAUCCUUGUCUCCAAGUGCCCUAGGGAGACCGACGCCUCCUACUCUCUUCAGGACCCCACUGAGGUUAUGGAGUUCCUUCACCGCUUGGUGCAGUGGAAGCGCCGGCGAUCAUCAUCGUCGUCAUCGUCAGCGAUGCGCGCAAGAGUGUAGCACAGUCACAGACUGCCACAUCAGCGGCUGCUGCUGGCACUGAUUUAUCAAGAAGCUUCAGCAUGUUCAAUUAAGUAGUUUGUUAGCUAAUUUGGUUAUAUCGUAUUCCAUGCAUGUAAUAACCCUCGCCUAUAUCUAGUUCCCGCUUUUAGUUUACCUUUGUUGCAUGGGUUUGGGAGGCACUGCAUCUGCAAGUUAAGCUGCCCCUCACCAAUUUUUUCUUUCUUUUUUUUUCUUUCAGUGGGUACAUUCCCCUGUAUGACUCAUCAGUCCUGGCCAUACCAGUAAAAUGUAACAUAUGUAAGAAUCUUAAUGGCCAGAUUAAUCACCUUGUUUACUUAAAGUGCUCCAUAAAAAAGAACUGAAGAUCAAAUGCUA